AUGAGCUCUCUCCGUAUCGCCCGAGCCGCCCUCCGCGCGAGGCCCGCUGCCAUUGCCCGCCCCAUCCAGCGAAGAGGCUACGCCGAGGUCGCCAACGACAAGAUCAAGCUGUCCCUAGCUCUUCCGCAUCAGUCCAUCUACAAGUCCCAGGACGUUGUCCAGGUCAAUCUUCCCGCGGAAACCGGUGACAUGGGUGUCUUGGCCAACCACGUUGCUUCAAUCGAGCAGCUCAAGCCCGGCCUAGUCGAGAUCAUUGAGGAGUCUGGCGGCAGCAAGCAAUUCUUCCUCUCCGGUGGAUUCGCCGUUGUGCAGCCAAACUCUGUUCUUAGCAUCAACGCCGUCGAGGGUUACCCAUUGGAGGACUUCAGCGCCGAGGCUGUCAGGAACCAGAUCGGCGAGGCACAGAAGAUUGCCAGUGGAAGCGGCAGUGAGGCUGACAUUGCCGAGGCCAAGAUUGAGCUUGAGGUUCUCGAGAGCCUCCAGGCUGCGUUGAAGUAAGCCUGUAAAUAGCGUUUAUUAGGCAGGUCGUAUGCGGUAUGUACAGUAACAGAUGCCGCGUACUUUCCGUGCGCAAAGUGUAGAAGGAGCCCAUGAGGCAUCCCAAACAUUGCAACAAACCCUCGCAUUAUCU